AAGUAGGAAAUUCUGAAUGAUGAAACGUAAUGAAGGACUUGACUUUUGAAAUGUUGCGUAACUCCGAGAUUUUAAAUUCCUUUUCGUUUUGAAGAACACAUGCGUUUUAAAGAACAUUAUUAUGCACAGAUUAGGCUAGUUUAAAAAGAUGUGAGAUGAGUCGAAAACGUCCCACAAAUGUGGCACAACACUAGAAAAUGGUCCAAAUCGUUUUGACUGAAAUCAAGUUGUCAGAUGUCUACAACGCAUUUCAACACAAAGGAAAAACCAUAUUCAAUUCAUCAUCUUGAAUACUGGAUGAACCAGUGUUCAAAGGUAAGGCAAGUUAGGGAUGCUUGGCAUCUGACGGACAAUUAUUCUCAUAAGUUUUUCAUAACACAUCUCGAUGUGUUAGUCUAGAAAAUAUCAUGGCUUUGCGAUAAGCUGUUCUUCAGAUUCGCUGGAACGAGGAUGUCCCCUUAAUGAGAACUAAAAUAUAUCAAAAAUUUCAACAGAUAAAUAAUACCAUGGCAUAAGUUGGAAAGAAAGAAACAAGAAAAACAGCUGUUAUUCAUAGAAAUGCGGGCGCAGAUUAAAAAGAAAAGUAAGCUACAGCUGCUCCAAUGACUGUAGAACCGAAAUUGUAUUAAAACGUAUUAUUGUUGUUUAUAGAAAAUAUGAUCGAUUAUUUGAGCAAGAUGAUAAUGAAAGUCGCAAACGUAGUAUUGAGAAAGAUACAGGUGGAAUUAUAAAAAAUGAUGAUAUACCAAUUGUUUAG